AUGAAGAAAUGGAUUGUGGGAGGAAUAUUUUUAGUAGCGUUGAUUGGAUUAGGAACAUGGGCUGCUAUUGUAAUGACACCUCCAUCUCCUAAGAUAUGUGGAACCCCCGGUGGACCUCCUAUCACCGCCCAGAGAAUAAAGCUCCGCGACGGCCGCCAUUUAGCCUACGAAGAACAUGGAGUUAGUCGACAAAACGCCACCUUCAAGAUCGUCUUCAUCCACGCUUUCGCCACUUUUAGACGCGACACUGUUAUCGCCAACCGUAUUAUGACUCCUGGGUUUCUUGAGAAGAACGGCAUCUACGUGGUCUCAUAUGAUCGACCUGGUUAUGGAGAGAGCGAUCCUCACUCGAGUCGCAACGAAAAGACUUUAGCUUAUGACGUUGAGCAACUCGCUGACCAAUUACAACUUGGCUCCAAGUUUUACGUGGUUGGAUACUCAAUGGGAGGCCAAGCCGUUUGGGGUGUUCUCAAAUACAUCCCUUACAGGCUCGCUGGAGCUACAAUGCUUUGUCCCGUUGUCAACUCAUGGUGGCCAAGUUUCCCUGAUAGCUUGACUUGGGAGCUGUGGAACAAACAAUCUAAAACCGAAAGGUUCUCGAUGCUCCUUAAUCACUACACUCCAUGGCUGGUCUAUUGGUGGAACACUCAAAAGAUAUUUAAACAAUCAGCUGUGAUGCAAUCAAGCCCUACGCUGUUCUCAGCGCAAGAUAUGGCUCUACUCCCGAAACUUGCCGCCAGGGUUGCUUACAAGAACCAAACGACGCAGCAAGGGAACCACGAAUCGCUGGACCGGGACUUGAUUGUGGGAUUCGGGAAAUGGGGUUUUGACCCGAUGAGGAUUGAGAAUCCGUUCCCGAAAGGUGAAGGCUCGGUGCAUCUGUGGCAAGGGGAUGAUGAUCGGCUCGUGCCGAUACAGCUACAGAGGAUCAUUCCUCAGAAACUAAGUUGGAUAAAGUAUCAUGAGAUUCCAGGUGCUGGUCAUUUGUUCCCAAUGGCUGAUGGGAUUGCUGAAACUGUCUUGAAGGAGCUUUUGCCUAUUCCCCAAGCAUCUUAA